UUGAUAAAUCAACGUGGGUUUUAGGUCUAUGACCCAAUUUCUCUCUCGCUCCCUCUCUCUCUAUAACUGCGAAGGUCAUAGUAGCUAUAGCAAACCAGCAAUGGCCACGAGUGAGGAGAAGACCAACAAUACUAAAGAAGGGAACAACCUACUGGGCUCGCCGACCUUCAAGGAGCUCGAUAAUGGUCGCUUCCAGUGCGUCGAGACUGGCCACCAAUUACUGGCCAAAGACAUUGAAUCCUACUCUCAGAGCAAACGGUGCCGUUUGGGUCUCAUCGAAUUCGCACUCUCUCAUAAGAAGCCUCCUCUCAACAUGUUCAAGCAGGACCCUCUUUCUCGUUCAAAGUUGGUGUGUAAGCUAACCGAGGAUACCAUCAAUAAGUCAGAGGAACACAUUUGGAAGCAUAUUAAUGGGAAACGAUUCCUCAACAAACUGGAAGAAAUGGAAGAACAAAAGUUGACAGUAAAUGAAAUGGAAGAAGAGCUGGAUGAUCACAAACCUGAAAAAGUAUCUAAGCCAGGCAAAGAUGGUGCCAGGAAGGAGAAAAAGGAGAAGAAAAAGAAGAAGAAGAAGAAGAAGGAGGAGGAGGAGGAGGCAAAGGAGGAGGAUGAUGGUGAUGAUGAGAUUAUCUCUGAAAUACCCAAGUCUCCUAGUGAGGAAAAUGAUUCUGAAGAAGCUGAGUUCUGGAUCCCUCCACCAGGAGCACGUUGGGAUUUUGAUGAUGGCGGUGACAGAUGGGGUUCCGAUUCAGAGUCAGUGAGCAAUGACGAGAACAAAAGUGACGAGGUUGAUGGAAUUGUUGAAGAUGAUGAUGAGGAGUCAGAAGAGAUCUCAAUGCGGACAAAAAGAAUGUCCAUAGAAAUUGGACCAAGCAGCUUUGCAUCCAGAAAGAAGAAGAGUAAAAAGAACACUGCAUGAUCUGACCACCCUUGCUUCAACUUAAAGAGCAUCUGAUGUAGAAAAGUUUGUUCUACCAAAUACAAUGAGUGAAACCUGGUGAAAGUGGAACAAUUUCUAAGGGGUUCAAUAAUACAAAUCUUCUUCCUUGCACUUGGCCAUUUUUGCAUUACUGGCCUAAUCUUGUUUGCUUUGUAUCUCAUAUGCAAUUCGGGUUGGUGGUAUGCAUUUAUGGGAGAAAUGGGUGUAAGAUGUGUUACAGGCACAAUCCUGUACUUGUAUGCACCACCCAAGCAAAGGGACAUGGUUAAACCACAAAGAAAUAGAUGAGGCACCAUCUAGUAGUUGGUUUUCAUUUCGUGUAUGGUAAGUUAUGAUUUUUGAACCCUUGUAGAAUAUGAAAUUUUGCGUUUUUGAUCAAUUUGUAAACAUUGUUGAUUUGUUGUGUAUCUAUGGCAUUGAUUACCUAAUUUCAUCUGAUGAAAUAUUUGAUUUAAUUGAUACAGAAGCUUGCUUGGAUAA